UCUCCUUCACUCCCCCAGGACCUUGUGGGAGACAGGUCUGGAACCUAACCACGGGGUGUUCAUGACCCCCGCGGUUGAGCCCUGUCAGCGAUGAAAGGGUUAUCAGGCAGCCGCAGCCAUCACCACGGAGUCACCUGCGAUUCCACCUGUGACUCACUGUCGCAUCACGCAGACCGCAAGCCAUACCUGCUGAGCCCAGUGGAGCAUCACCCAGCUGACCACCCCUACUACACUCAGCGCACCUCCUUCCAGGCCGAGUGUGUGGGCCCCUUCAGUGACCCGCUAGCCAGCAGCACCUUCCCGCGCCGGCACUAUACCUCGCAGCAGGAGCUGAAGGACGAGUGUGCCCUGGUGCCUCGCAACCUGGCCACCAAGGCCAACCGCAUCCCCCCCAACCUCCUGGACCAGUUUGAGAGGCAGCUGCCGCUCAACCGGGAUGGCUACCACACGUUGCAGUACAAGCGAACGGCCGUGGAGCACCGCAGCGACAGCCCUGGCCGCAUCCGCCACCUGGUCCACUCGGUCCAGAAGCUCUUCACCAAAUCGCACUCCCUGGAGGGGCCGUCCAAGGGCAGUGUCAAUGGGGGCAAGGCCAGCCCCGAAGAGACACAGACGGUGAGGUACGGCAAGCGCAGCAAGAGUAAGGAGCGGCGCGCAGAGCCCAAGCCCCGUGCCAACGCUUCCCCAGGCUGGUGGAGCUCUGACGACAAUCUCGACGGUGACAUGUGCAUCUACCACGCCCCCUCCGGCGUGAUGACCAUGGGCAGGUGUCCCGACCGCUCGGCCUCGCAGUACUUCGUGGAGGCCUACAACACCAUCAGCGAGCAGGCGGUGAAGGCCUCUCGGAGUAACAAUGACGUCAAGUGCUCCACUUGCGCCAACAUGCCUGUCACCCUGGAUGCACCAUUGCUGAAGAAGAGCGCCUGGUCCUCCACGCUGACAGUGAGCCGAGCCCGGGAAGUUUACCAGAAAGCCUCAGUUAACAUGGACCAGGCCAUGGUGAAGUCAGAGUCCUGUCAACAAGAACGUUCCUGCCAGUACCUUCAGGUCCCUCAAGAUGAAUGGACGGGGUACACCCCUCGAGGGAAAGAUGAUGAGAUUCCUUGCCGAAGAAUGCGGAGUGGCAGCUACAUCAAGGCCAUGGGGGAUGAAGACAGCGGUGAUUCGGACACAAGUCCUAAGCCUUCUCCCAAAGUGGCUGCACGAAGAGAGAGCUAUCUCAAGGCUACUCAGCCAUCCCUUACGGAACUCACCACACUCAAGAUUUCCAAUGAACACUCUCCCAAACUCCAGAUCCGGAGUCACAGUUACCUGAGGGCAGUCAGUGAAGUCUCCAUCAACCGAAGCCUGGACAGCCUUGACCCUGCAGGCCUGCUCACAUCACCGAAGUUCCGCUCCAGGAAUGAGAGCUACAUGCGUGCCAUGAGCACCAUCAGCCAGGUGAGCGAGAUGGAAGUGAACGGGCAGUUCGAGUCGGUGUGCGAGUCGGUGUUCAGCGAACUGGAGUCGCAGGCGGUGGAGGCCCUGGACCUGCCAAUGCCCGGCUGCUUCCGCAUGCGGAGCCACAGCUACGUGCGCGCCAUCGAGAAGGGAUGCUCCCAGGACGACGAGUGCGUGUCCUUGAGGUCUUCCUCCCCGCCGCGCACCACCACCACCGUCAGGACCAUCCAGAGCAGCACGGUGUCAUCUUGCAUUACAACAUAUAAGAAGACACCACCUCCAGUCCCACCCAGAACUACCACGAAACCUUUCAUUUCUAUCACAGCCCAGAGUAGCACAGAGUCUGCCCAAGACGCCUACAUGGACGGACAGGGCCAGCGAGGGGAUAUUAUCAGCCAGUCUGGACUGAGCAACUCCACGGAAAGCCUAGACAGUAUGAAGGCUCUGACAGCCGCCAUCGAAGCUGCAAAUGCCCAGAUCCACGGCCCUGCCAGUCAACACAUGGGCAACAAUGCUGCCACCACCAGCGCUGCAGUCACUGCAGAGGACAGGAAGAAGGAUCACUUUAAGAAAAACCGAUGCCUGUCUAUCGGGAUACAGGUGGAUGAUGCUGAAGAACCUGACAAAAUAGGGGAAAAUAAAGCACCCAGUAAGUUCCAGUCCGUAGGAGUACAAGUAGAAGAAGAGAAGUGCUUCCGCAGGUUCACUCGCUCCAACAGCGUAACAACGGCAGUGCAGGCCGACCUGGACUUCCACGACAACCUGGAAAAUUCUCUCGAAUCUGUAGAGGACAAUUCGUGCCCUGGCCCGGUGGCCAGACAGUUCUCCCGGGACGCCAGCACCUCCACAGUCAGCAUCCAGGGCUCAGGAAACCACUACCACGCCUGCGCGGCCGACGAGGACUUCGAUGCAGAUUUCGACCCUUCGAUUCUGCCGCCCCCGGAUCCCUGGAUUGACUCCAUCACCGAAGACCCCCUGGAGGCCGUGCAGAGAUCAGUGUGCCACCGGGAUGGCCACUGGUUUCUGAAGCUUCUCCAGGCAGAGCGAGACCGCAUGGAAGGCUGGUGCCAGCAGAUGGAGAGAGAAGAGCGCGAGAACAACCUGCCGGAAGACAUUAUAGGGAAAAUCCGAACUGCAGUGGGCAGUGCCCAACUUCUUAUGGCCCAGAAAUUCUACCAGUUCAGAGAACUGUGUGAAGAAAACCUGAAUCCCAAUGCGCAUCCAAGGCCCACCUCCCAGGAUUUGGCGGGGUUCUGGGACAUGCUGCAGUUGUCCAUAGAAAAUAUUAGUAUGAAAUUUGAUGAACUUCAUCAGUUAAAGGCCAAUAAUUGGAAACAGAUGGAUCCUCUUGACAAGAAGGAGCGAAGGGCCCCUCCUCCAGUGCCCAAGAAGCCGGCGAAGGGCCCCGCGCCGCUGAUCCGGGAGCGCUCGUUGGAGAGCUCGCAGCGCCAGGAGGCCCGCAAGCGCCUGAUGGCCGCCAAGCGCGCCGCGUCCGUCCGCCAGAACUCGGCCACCGAGAGCGCCGAGAGCAUCGAGAUCUACAUUCCCGAGGCGCAGACCCGGCUCUGAGCGCCGCCCGGCCGGUCUGGCGGGAGCCGCCGCGCUGCCCACCCCGCCUUCUCCCCGCGCCCGCCCUUUCUGUUCUCGGCCAGCCCGCCCGUGUAGACGCGGCCCCUGUAGGUCACCCGCCAUCCUCAGUUCUCUCGAGCUAGUCUGUCCCUAGAUUCCAGCAAUAUCAAACCGUAGGGUAUUUCAGAAAUCCAGUCUCCCAGGGGGACCCUCCGGGACCCCGCGGUCUUCCACGGGGAAGCAUCCAGGGCUCCAAUCCCCUCCGUUUCCCCCGACACGCUCGCUGGUGAGUUGGUCACGCAGAUGGAGCCCUUUAUCUCCAACCUCAGAAAUCAUACCCUGUCACUGGAGCCCAGGAGUGACACGCGGAGAGGGGACGAAGAUGGGCUGGGGGUGGGGGACCAGGCUGGGUAGUGCGAGGAGGAGAGCGCGGUCUGCAGGUGCUGGGGUACCUGCAUCACUCAGCUGCACAAACUGCCUCACUGUCUGUCAUCAGUCACUGCUUCAGAUGUCUCCAUCAGCAGAAGAUUGUACCUUCGAUCUUUCAGGGACACCAAUCUAUUCUGAAAGGCAAUAAAAGGAAGACAGGAAAGGCAAGGCAAAGGAAGCACUGAUAGUUUAAGACACUACAUAAAGGAAAAAAUUUUUUUUGUCCUAUUAUUAAGAAAAUUUAGAUCUAAAGUGUUUUAUCAACUUUUAUUGUACUAUGUAUAUUAUAUCGUUGUUGUGGGGGGGGCCUUUAAAGGGGAAAGUGUUGGGACUAUUAAUUUGUUAGUGUCCACCCUGGGGGGGGCCUACCUAAUUACACAUAUAAUAAGUACAUCUCUGCUUACCAAGUGCUGUAAAUGGCAGCCAGGCUGUUUUCUGAGAAAAGUUUGGAUUUUCCCAUCAUCCCUUCAAAUGCUACCCAUCCGUCUCUUUUAACCCAGUAGUUCAAGAUGACAGAACUUUUUCUCCAUCAGUCUUCUCUCACUACUACACAGAGUCCUAUCAUAUCCCCAAAUAAGGAUUUUUGUCCCAUGUCAAACCAAUAAAAUUAGCUUUCUGUCCCCGUAGAAGUGCUGCCUCAUUCCAAAGAGCUACCACUCAUCUAGGGGUCCCAGGUAGAGAGAGAAGAAAUCUGACCUGCAAGGUUCAGCAACCAGGUGGAGGGGGACAGCAUCAGGAUGCCUAAACACAAAAGAAACCCAGGCUUUUGGCAGAGAAUGUUGAUUUCCGUUUUCAGUUAUGAUGGAUGGGCAGUAUGACCUUUGCAUCCAGCUGAAAUUAUCUUUAAAUGCCCUUACUGGUAGCCAUUUAAACAUCUAGAAUGAAGUGAUCUUAAAUGAUCACUGGCAUUGUAUCCAGCUCCCUAAAGCGUUAGAAAUUACCAUUGAAAAAAAAAAUGAAAGACUUUUAAAAACAUACAUCAAAUGCAC